AUGGAAAAUAUUACAAAUUCAUUACCAACACGUUACGUGUUGAAGAUUGAAUCAUUUUCGUUGCUCUCAGAAAAUGGUAUUUCCAAAUAUGAAUCAAAGGAGUUCGAAUCCGGUGGCUUCAAUUGGAAAAUGAUCAUUCAUCCUAACGGAGAUGGAGAUGGAAAAGGCCAUAUAUCUAUAUACUUGGCUGUUAUUGGGGCAAGCUUGUUGGAUUCUGUUUGCGAGGUUAAUGCCUCGUUUAGCUUCUUGAUAUUUGAUCAAAUUCAUGACAACUUUACUGUAAUGAAAGGAAUGGAGAGGCGCUUUCGCAAUAUCAAGACUGAAUGGGGUUUUUCGAAAUGUAUCAGUCAUAAAACAUUCAAAUAUCCGUCUAAUGGUUACCUUGUUGAUGACAAAUGUAUCUUUGGAGUUGAUGUCUAUGUCAUCAAGAAUCAGCGAAUAGGUGAAUGUAUGUCCUUAUUGAAAGGCACCGAGCUUUAUAAGAACGAAUGGAAGAUUACCGAGUUCACAAAAUUGAAGAAAAGAGUGUACUAUUCUGAGGAGUUUACUGUUGAGGGAUAUAAAUGGAAACUUUUGUUAUAUCCUACAGGUGAUAGCAGACAAAAUGGUCAGAAUAUCUCCAUCUUUCUUGAGUGGUGGUGUAAAUUGGUAUUCAGCUACUGCAUCCGGAUGGGGCUGGUCAUCAUUUAUGCCAUGUUGUGA